CCCUACCACGCACCCUUCUCUCAAACUCAACUUUAACUCUCUUUUCCUCCCUUUCUCUCUCAAAUUUCUUAAAAAUAAAACUCUCUUUAUCUUCCCAAAAUGCGUGAAAUUCUUCACAUCCAAGGAGGCCAAUGCGGCAACCAAAUCGGUGCCAAGUUCUGGGAAGUUGUCUGUGCCGAGCACGGUAUAGACUCGACUGGACGAUACACCGGGGACAAUGAACUGCAACUUGAGCGGAUCAACGUCUACUAUAAUGAGGCAAGUUGUGGAAGGUUCGUUCCCAGAGGUGUCCUCAUGGAUCUUGAACCCGGUACCAUGGAUAGUGUCAGAUCCGGUCCAUACGGGCAGAUCUUUCGACCCGAUAACUUCGUUUUCGGCCAGUCCGGGGCCGGAAACAACUGGGCUAAAGGCCACUAUACUGAAGGUGCCGAGCUGAUUGAUUCAGUUCUUGAUGUUGUUCGUAAAGAAGCCGAGAAUUGUGAUUGCCUGCAGGGGUUUCAGGUGUGCCAUUCUUUGGGUGGAGGGACUGGAUCUGGGAUGGGAACUCUUUUGAUUUCAAAAAUAAGAGAGGAAUACCCAGAUCGAAUGAUGCUUACUUUCUCUGUAUUUCCCUCUCCCAAGGUCUCUGAUACAGUCGUUGAGCCUUAUAACGCAACUCUUUCUGUCCACCAGCUUGUUGAAAAUGCAGAUGAGUGCAUGGUUCUUGAUAAUGAAGCUCUUUAUGACAUCUGUUUCCGCACCCUCAAGCUCACCACUCCAAGCUUUGGGGAUCUGAAUCAUUUGAUCUCGGCGACAAUGUCUGGAGUGACCUGCUGUUUGAGGUUCCCCGGUCAACUGAACUCUGACCUUAGAAAGCUUGCUGUUAAUCUCAUUCCUUUCCCCAGGCUACACUUUUUCAUGGUGGGUUUCGCUCCUCUCACCUCUCGCGGCUCCCAACAAUACAGAAACCUGACAGUCCCCGAGCUCACGCAACAAAUGUGGGAUGCAAAGAACAUGAUGUGUGCAGCCGAUCCGCGCCACGGGCGAUACUUGACGGCCUCAGCAAUGUUCAGGGGCAAAAUGAGUACCAAAGAAGUUGAUGAGCAAAUGAUAAAUGUUCAAAACAAGAACUCUUCAUACUUUGUGGAGUGGAUUCCCAAUAACGUGAAAUCAACUGUUUGUGAUAUCCCACCAACUGGGUUGAAAAUGGCAUCGACAUUUAUUGGGAACUCAACUUCGAUUCAGGAGAUGUUUAGGCGUGUGAGUGAGCAGUUCACUGCUAUGUUUAGAAGGAAGGCUUUCUUGCAUUGGUACACAGGAGAAGGUAUGGAUGAGAUGGAAUUUACAGAAGCUGAAAGCAAUAUGAAUGACUUGGUUUCUGAGUAUCAGCAGUACCAGGAUGCUACAGCUGAUGAGGAUGAUUAUGAGGAGGAAGAAGAAGAGGAUGUUGAGUACCAGCAGUGAUAUGUUGUUUAAUAAUUAUCGAGAUGGGUGGUUUAAUGUUGUCAUUUCUGGUUGCCAGUCUUUGGCAAUUAUAAGAAUUAAUCUACUGGUUGAUGUAGUAGAGAAAUAUGAAUGUUAAUUAGAAUAUUAAGUUUCUUGUUCUUAUCUUUCCUAUAUGAAUUUGAAGUUUGAACUUGCAGCUAAUCAAUGUAAAACCCUAAAUUUUCUUAUACUGUGAA